CAGAAUCGCUCGAGCAAGGCAGAGGGGUUCCCAUUUACUUGGGAAUAGAGAAUCCAGAAAUGUGUUUGUCUUGUGAGGACAUUGAAGGGCAGCCCACAUUGCAACUGAAGAUCCUUAUUCCAGAAGUCUGGGAUAAACCCUAAGAUUCUGCAUUUCUGACAAGCUACCAGGUGAUGCGAAUGCUACUGGUCUACAGAUCAUGCUUUGAAUAUUGAAGAUGUAUAGAACAAGGACGGUUCCAUCUAAUAACUUGGUGAAAUGUGAACAGUGGUCAAACUGAAUGAUGGGAAUUGUGCUAUAGAAAUUGGGAAGGAUAUAUGGAACUGAGACCAGCUGCUGACAACCUCUUCUCUAUUAUCUGAUCUACCUUGUCCUCUAUCACAGGAAGAUCUGAAGCCAUCAUGGCUACCCCACAAGCGGUAGAGUUUCCCAGAAUCUUUGGUGUUCAUGAUUCUCAACAAAUGGUGUGGAUCCUGAGAGAAAAUUCACUAAUAGCAACUCCUUUUAGCAGCAAUGUCAAACCUGUCAGUCUUGAUUUAAUAACAUGUACAGACAAAGAAUUUCAUGAUGCGGGGAAAGGCAAUCCAGUUUACUUGGGAAUCAAGGGCAACCAUCUUUGUUUCUUCUGUGCAGAAAUUCAGGGCCAGCCUACUCUUCAGCUUAAGGAGAAAAAGAUCAUGGAUAUGUCCAAGGAGAAGAAAGCACAGAAGCCCUUUCUCUUUUUCCAUAGUAGGGAGGGGUCCACAUCUACCUUUCAGUCUGUUUCCUACCCGGACUGGUUCAUAGCCACUUCCAAAAUGGCAGGGCAGCCUGUUAUUCUCACCAAGGAGAGGGGCAAAAAUUACACCACUAACUUCUAUUUAGAGCCUGAGGACUAUAUUCAGCCUGUGAGAGCCUGAUUCCAGAACAGAGGAUCAAGCAGUCAGAGAACCUUCCAUUCUGAAACACCAUAUGUCAUCUUGAGAGACCAGCAUGCACUGAUGCCCAUCCAUAGCCCACCUCACUCUCAACACCCCAAACCACCUCUUCCUUUAGACAUCCAUUUCUGCACCAUGUCUCCCCUUCUGAACAUUAUUCUAGUAUAAAACCCGAGUCACUUUUUAAUUCUUUCCAGAUCUUGUCCCGCCAUCCACUUAGCUGCCACAUCCAGUUAAGUCAACAUCCAAAAUGCCUCCUGUACACACCUCUUUCUUCCUUUUCUUUCUGACAACCUAUGGCCUAGAGAUGUGAAU